CUGGCAGGAAGUGAAAAAGCGCUUAAAGACGGUCAAGAAGGAACGUACAUGUCCGUGUGCUCAAAACGACUGUUAUUACAGUGAUUUUUACGUGUUUGAGAAUCCUGCUGUUUGGUGCACAAGCAGGUUGAGCGUCACAUAAAAUGUCCUCUCCAGAAAUCGCCUCCCUUUCCUGGGGACACAUGAAGGUGAAGGGAUGUUCCUCCAACUACAAGGACUGUAAGGUGUGGCCAGGAGGCAGCCGUGCCUGGGACUGGAGGGAGACUGGGACUGACCAUUACCCAGGAGUCCAACCUGCUGACCUCGACGAGGUGCUGAAGAAAGGAAUAGACCUGCUGGUCAUCGGCAGAGGCAUGAGUGAAGCUCUGCAGGUUCCCUCCACCACUCUGGACUUUGUGAGGCAGAAAGGUGUCGACGUCAGAGUCCUGCAGACAGAAAAGGCCGUCGCUGAAUACAACAAACUGGCUGGUCAGGGUGCCAAGGUGGGCGGGGUCUUCCACUCCACCUGUUGAUGAGAUUCUUGCAGUUUGAACCAAAUGAGAUGACUGAAAGAAGGCAGGGCAGCAGAGCAGUUUGGACUGCACCAUUGCCCACAGUCUAGGAUUUGCCAGAGCUGACUAGCUCCUGCAUGACUGAUUUACAGUAGGGUCAAAGGUCAAAUCUGGGAGUCCAGAUUGACACAGGAAGGCCUGUAUGAUAAGGUUAGGCUUGCUGAGCUUCAUAAGAGCAGUGCCAAAAUCUAAGAGUUUAUACAAAAGUAAACAAGUGAAUUCACUAAGAAAAGGAGUCAAGCUGGUCAGAUUAAAUCUGUCCGCUUUAACAGUUUUUAAAUGUGAGGAAAUCCCUCUAAUAAUGUCUACAUUGCAUUUUAAAGUUCUUUUUGUUGGAUUGAAGAUGCCUAUCUAGGGAUUAUUUUUUGGAAUAUUCAAUUAAAUGAGGUUAUUCAUGAUGGUGUUGAUCAAAGCUUAUGAAUAUGAAGUAUAUUUUUGAUGAAAGAAAAUGUUUAUCUGCUUAUUUGCUGUUAAAUAAAACAAAAAAAAAAA